AUGUCGACGCAGCGGACUCCACCCGGCUCUCGUCAGCAACUGAAUAAACAAAAUUCUACAAUGCAUUACAACUCAGACUCAGCCCUUAACACGUCAAGUAACCCUGAUUUGAAUGACAAUAAUUAUAUUAAGAUUACAAAGAGCUUUAAACGUACGUUAGACGAUCUCCCAUUUCAGCCGCUGUCAUCCAUCUCUGAAAUCAAAGUUAUGUUUGCUGAGCUAAAAACUCCACAAGAUCAGAAAUUUGAAUUACUGAAUACCGCCCUCAUGACCAUCGUGACCCAAAAUCAAGAAAUUCAAAAAUCUGUUGAGACUCUUACUCACCAACAUCAAGAUUUGUUAGCAAAAAUAAAUCAUUUAGAGCUAGAAAAUAAUGAAUAUAAGCAGCAAAUCCUCACCUUAGAAACUAAACUAGAUUUCCUUGAAAAAUGCGCGCGGGGUAAUUCAAUUGAAAUACGUAACUGUACCGGCAGACAGACAAACGAAAAUAAGAUAGUCCUGACCGAUAUAAUCCAUAAACUUGGCUUAACUUUGGGUCUGAAUACUCCCAUUCAGGACUUGGAGAUAAGAAAUAUAUUCCGUACAAAGACAGACGACAUAAUAGUAGAUUUCAAUUCAAUACUGUGGAAGGUAACUUUUCUUUUAAAUUAUAAGAAUUAUAAUAAAUCCAAACGGCAAAACGGAGAAACAGUGUUAAACUCGGAACACAUUAAUUUACCUGGUACACCGCGCUCAAUCUACAUUUCAGAAUACUUGACAACCAAAUUAAGAAGGAUUUUUUAUAUAGCCCGUGAGAGUGUCAAGAACAAAAAGCUAUUCGCUGCAUGGACCGCUUACGGUAAGAUCUAUGUAAAGAAAGAAGAGGGAACUAAGCCAAUUCGUGUUGACAACGAAUCAGAGCUAUAUAAACUUACUUUGUGA